GUCUUUUUUAAAUGUGUGAAUGAACUGGCAGCAUCUUUGCUUCAAUCUUGAGCACCUUUUAUAAGUUCUCUCACUUCAAUUCUUUGAUUUGCAAUUGCUACAAGCUAGCUAGUUCUCUCAUCAUCAUCAUCAUCAUCAAGUGAUAUAUAUCUUUAGGUCUUGACUAUUAUUUCUCUUGGCAAAAAUUAAAUAAUAAUGGGAAGACAACCUUGUUGUGAAAAGGUUGGUUUAAAGAGAGGUCCAUGGACUAUUGAAGAAGAUCACAAGCUCAUGAACUUUAUCCUCAACAAUGGCAUCCUUUGCUGGAGAAUGGUUCCCAAGCUUGCAGGUUUGCUAAGAUGUGGAAAGAGCUGUAGAUUGAGGUGGAUUAAUUAUUUGAGGCCUGACCUUAAGAGAGGUGGCUUCACAGAAAUGGAAGAGGAUCAAAUUAUACAACUACAUUCACGUCUUGGUAACAGGUGGUCUAAAAUUGCUUCCCAUUUUCCUGGGAGGACAGACAACGAGAUCAAGAACCAUUGGAACACAAGAAUCAAGAAGAGGCUGAAGCUCCUUGGAUUAGACCCUGUGACACACAAGCAAAUUGAACAGAAAGAACAAACCGAUGAUGAUGAGGACAAAAAUAACAACACCAACUUACAGACAACUAUUUCACAAAAGCCUCAAGAAAAUGCAGAAGAAGAAAUUAAAUCCAUGGAGGAGGAGACGAAAAGAGAAGAAAAGAAGGUGAAUUGCUGGGAUGAUGAUAAUCCUGAGAUUUUGAACGAUUUUGACAUGAUGUGUUCAAAAUUCGACUUGGAAUCAUGGAUGGUGAAACAAGAGAUCAAUAAUAAUAAUACCAGCACUACUACUACUAGUUCACACUGCAGUUCUUCUUCUCUUUCUAUUGAUGAUAAUAACUAUUCUAGUCACUUUUCUAAGGGUGAAUCCAAGAAUGACCAUGAUGAUCAGGAUAAUCUGUUACAGCAAUGGAUUGAAAGUAUGGAUUCAAUUCUCUCAUGGGAUGGCUUCAAUGCCAUUGAUCAAGAUUUGUUUCUUCAAUAGCCUUUACUUUUUUAUUCGGUCUCAAAAAGAGGGUUACGAAAGAUUCAUGUAUGUAAAGAAUAUUGCCAACUUUCUAUCCUUGCAUUUUCUUGC